AUGGCGGUCUCGUAUCUCGAAGCCAUAAACUUGAUAGAGAAAGAGGCUGCUGAAAUCUCUUCAUCCUUUGCGCAAAAUGGAGAGAGUCUUCCAAUAUCUCAAGCCGUUGGAAGGAUAUGCCGGCGAAGAUAUACUAGCUCGACAAAGACCCCUGCAUUCGAUACAUCUACGGCACGUGGGUUCGCAAUCAACUCUGGAUACACUCAACUGUCAUUGGACAAAAAGCCUGUCAUCCUUCGUAUCAUAGACUCUGCAACAGAUAGCCACGAUCGGCAUUCUCUCAGUCAAGAUCCGAGUCCAACAUGUGUCGAAAUAGAGAUGGGGUCCUGCUUUCCUGACCAGGACGACAGCAUAGAGUAUGAUGCUUGUGUACAGACAGAAAGCAUCACUUUUGCAUCUGGCCCUAGGGCGAAUGAAAGAUACAUACAAAUAAGUAGACGGGUAGAGCGUUUCGAAAAGAGGAAGUUUGCGGGAAGCGACUUUCGGACCGGCGAUAUCAUAAUCCAAGAAGGAACAAAAGUCGAAACACACCAUAUGCUGGCUUGCUCGUUAUUGGCAUAA